ACCAUGAAGCUUGUCAACAUCUGGCUGCUUCUGCUCAUGGUUCUGCUCUGUGGGAAACAACAUCUGGGUGACAGGCUGGGAAAGAGACUUUUUGAGAAGGCUCCGUGCCCUGGCUGUCCCCACUUAACUCUGAAGGUGGAAUUCUCCUCGACAGUCGUGGAAUAUGAAUAUAUCGUGGCUUUCAAUGGGUACUUUACAGCCAAAGCUCGUAACUCCUUCAUCUCAAGCGCCCUGAAGAGUAGUGACAUAGACAACUGGACAAUCAUCCCUCGGAACAACCCGUCCAGCGACUACCCCAGUGAUUUCGAGGUGAUUCAGAUCAAAGAAAAGCAGAAAGCAGGGCUGCUGACCCUUGAAGACCACCCAAACAUCAAGCGCGUCACACCCCAGCGGAAAGUCUUCCGCUCCCUCAAGUACGCGGACUCUGACCCCAUCGUGCCCUGCAAUAACACCAGGUGGAGCCAGAAAUGGCAGUCAUCCCGUCCCCUCCGAAGGGCAAGUCUCUCCCUGGGCUCCGGAUUCUGGCACGCCACCGGAAGACACUCCAGCAGACGAUUACUGAGAGCCAUUCCUCGGCAGGUGGCCCAAACCCUGCAGGCUGAUGUGCUUUGGCAGAUGGGAUACACAGGUGCUAGCGUAAGAGUGGCUGUGUUUGACACUGGACUGAGCGAGAAGCACCCCCACUUCAAGAACGUGAAGGAGAGGACCAACUGGACCAAUGAGCGGACACUGGAUGACGGACUGGGCCACGGCACGUUUGUGGCGGGGGUGAUAGCCAGCAUGAGGGAGUGCCAGGGGUUUGCCCCCGACGCCGAGCUUCACAUCUUCAGGGUCUUCACCAAUAACCAGGUGUCCUACACUUCAUGGUUCCUGGAUGCCUUCAACUACGCCAUCUUGAAGAAGAUUGACGUGCUGAACCUCAGCAUCGGCGGCCCUGACUUCAUGGACCACCCCUUUGUCGACAAGGUGUGGGAAUUAACAGCAAACAACGUGAUCAUGGUGUCUGCUAUUGGCAACGAUGGGCCUCUUUAUGGCACUCUGAAUAACCCCGCUGACCAGAUGGACGUGAUUGGAGUGGGCGGCAUCGACUUUGAAGACAAUAUCGCCCGCUUCUCCUCCAGGGGGAUGACCACCUGGGAACUACCAGGCGGUUAUGGUCGAGUGAAGCCCGACAUCGUCACCUAUGGCGCUGGAGUGAGGGGUUCUGGGGUGAAAGGGGGCUGCCGGGCCCUCUCGGGGACCAGCGUGGCUUCUCCAGUGGUUGCAGGUGCCGUCACCCUGCUGGUCAGUACUGUCCAGAAGCGGGAGCUGGUGAAUCCGGCCAGCGUGAAACAGGCCCUGAUUGCGUCCGCCCGACGACUCCCUGGUGUCAACAUGUUCGAGCAAGGCCAUGGCAAGUUAGAUCUGCUGAGAGCCUACCAGAUCCUCAACAGCUACCAGCCCCAGGCCAGUCUGAGCCCCAGCUACAUCGAUCUGACCGAAUGUCCCUACAUGUGGCCCUACUGCUCCCAGCCCAUCUACUAUGGGGGCAUGCCGACCAUCGUCAACGUCACCAUUCUCAAUGGCAUGGGGGUCACAGGAAGGAUCGUCGACAAGCCGGACUGGCAGCCCUACCUGCCACAGAACGGAGACAACAUGGAGGUCGCUGUCUCCUACUCCUCGGUCUUGUGGCCUUGGUCAGGCUACCUGGCCAUCUCCAUUUCGGUCACCAAGAAAGCAGCUUCCUGGGAGGGCAUCGCGCAGGGUCACGUCAUGAUCACUGUGUCCUCCCCAGCGGAAUUGGAAUCCAAAAACGGCGCUGAACAGACCUCCACGGUGAAGCUCCCCAUCAAGGUGAAGAUCAUCCCCACCCCUCCUCGGAGCAAGCGAGUCCUCUGGGACCAAUACCACAACCUCCGCUACCCGCCCGGCUACUUCCCCAGGGACAACUUACGAAUGAAGAACGACCCUCUGGACUGGAACGGCGAUCACAUCCACACAAACUUCAGGGACAUGUACCAGCACUUGAGGAGCAUGGGCUACUUUGUGGAAGUCCUUGGUUCCCCCUUCACAUGCUUUGAUGCCAGUCAGUAUGGAACACUGCUGCUGGUGGACAGUGAGGAAGAGUACUUCCCUGAAGAAAUCGCCAAACUGAAGAGAGACGUGGACAAUGGCCUUUCCCUCAUUGUCUUCAGUGACUGGUACAACACUUCUGUUAUGAGAAAAGUGAAGUUUUAUGAUGAAAACACAAGGCAGUGGUGGAUGCCGGACACGGGAGGUGCCAACAUCCCAGCUCUCAACGAGCUGCUCUCCGCCUGGAACAUGGCCUUCAGCGACGGCCUAUACGAAGGGGACUUUACCUUGGCCAGCCAUGACAUGUACUAUGCAUCAGGGUGCAGCAUCGCGAAGUUUCCCGAAGACGGCAUAGUGAUCAUGCAGGCCUUCAAGGACCAAGGUUUGGAGGUUUUAAAGCAGGAGACAGCGGUUGUUGAGAACGUCCCCAUUCUGGGCCUAUAUCAGAUCCCGGCUGAGGGCGGAGGCCGCAUUGUGCUCUACGGAGACUCCAACUGCCUGGACGACAGUCACCGACAGAAGGACUGCUUUUGGCUGCUGGACACACUUCUCCAGUAUACUUCAUACGGGGUGACCCCUCCCAGCCUCAGCCACUCAGGAAACCGGCAGCGCCCCCCCAGUGGGAUGGACUCCCUCACUCCAGAGAGGAUGGAAGGAAACCACCUAUACCGCUACUCCAAGGUCCUUGAGGCCCAUCUGGGAGACCCAAAGCCCCGGGCACUGCCUGCCUGCCCACACCUGUCCUGGGCCAAGCCUCAGCCCUUAAAUGAGACGGCUCCCAGUAAUCUUUGGAAACAUCAAAAGCUACUCGCUAUCGACCUGGACAAAGUAGCAUUGCCCAACUUCAGAUCAAACCGCCCGCAAGUCCGGCCCUUGUCUCCCGGGGAUAGCGGCACCUGGGACAUGCCUGGAGGGAUCAUGCCGGGCCGCUACAACCAGGAGGUGGGCCAGACCAUCCCCGUGUUUGCCUUCCUGGGAGCCAUGGUGGUCCUGGCCUUCUUCGUGGUACAGAUUAACAAGGCCAAGAGCAGACCCAAGAGGAGGAAGCCCAGGGUGAAGCGCCCCCAGCUCAUGCAGCAGGUGCACCCCCCAAAGACCCCGUCCGUGUGA